GAGGAUCUGUGUGAUGCUCAAAGUGAAGUAACAGAGGAAGAAGCUCAGAGGAGAAAAACUCCUGAAGUGCUUUAUUUUUGGACGACUACCUCUUCAAUUUUACUUUGAAUCCUCCUCCAUUAGCUAAAUGACUUUUCUUUAUGCGUAAUCUUCGACUUUUUUUUAUUUUUUUCCUUAAAAGCAUACUUUUUCACUUAUCAAUCUCUACAUUUAUUCCCUUUUUUCCCCUCCCACCUGCUGCGGCCACACCCUGAUAUUUUUCCAGUGCUGUGGCAGCUGUUGGCUCUCUGAUUUCUUGAUAUGGCUAAAUAAGAGGUGGAAGGGUGGGGGGCUUGCCGGUGGUUUUCUUUGAGGGUUGAGAAGUUGAAGAGGGAACCAGGAGAAGAGGAGGAGGAUGGCGGUGGCCCUGGAAGAAGUUUGGGGGCGAGUGAAAAAUGUCUGCAAGCAGAACGGACUGCUCAUUCUGUCUGUGCUGGCCGUGGUCAUCGGCUGCCUGUUGGGCUUCUUCCUCAGAGGCAAGCAGCUCUCCGAGCAGGAGGUCAAGUACUUCCAGUUUCCAGGAGAGCUGCUAAUGAGGAUGCUGAAGAUGUUAAUUUUGCCCCUCGUCGUAUCGAGUUUGAUGUCCGGUCUGGCUGCUCUGGAUGCCAAGUGCUCCAGCCGCUUGGGAAUAAUGACCAUUUCAUACUACCUGUGGACCACCUUUGUUGCUGUGGUAGUUGGUAUUCUCAUGGUUUACAUCAUUCACCCGGGUGGAGCUGCACAGAAGGAGGAUUCUGAGGACAGCAAGAAGCCAAUGACCAGCUCUGCUGAUGCUCUGCUGGACCUCAUUCGCAACAUGUUUCCAGCCAACUUGGUCCAAGCUACGUUUCAACAGUAUCGAACCCAGAGAGUCGCAGAACUCAUCCCCAAACCGACAGUCGCUCAGCUCCUGGAUGAGACAACCACGCGGAGGGUCUACAUUUAUGGCAUCCAGGAUGACAAUGGCACCGACACCCAGAACUUCUCUCUGGAUCUAACGCCACCUCCUGACGUCAUCGUGAAAACAUCUCCCGGCACCAGCGAAGGCAUGAAUGUACUGGGGAUCGUUAUAUUCUCUGCAACCAUGGGAAUAAUGCUGGGAAGAAUGGGACCCAACGGAAGUGCUUUGGUCAACUUUUGUCAGAGUUUGAAUGAGGCGGUUUUGAAAAUUGUUGCCAUUGUCAUUUGGUAUUUCCCCUUUGGUAUUGUGUUUCUGGUGGCUGGAAAGAUCUUAGAGAUGGACGACCCUUCGGCCAUGGGGAAGAAGUUGGGCUUUUAUGCCAUCACUGUGGUAAUGGGCUUGGUGCUGCACGGACUGUUCAUCCUCCCGGCCAUGUACUUCUUCAUCACCAAGAAAAGCCCCAUAGUUUACAUAAGAGGCAUUCUACAAGCCCUUCUCAUCUCCUUGGCCACUUCCUCCAGGUAA